AUGUCUGCCCAAGGUUAUUAUGGAACAGGCCCUUCUCAGGGUCAAUAUCAGCAGGGAGGUCCCCCCCAACAACCACCACAGAUGUACUACCCACCACAAGGAGGAGGCUACCCGCAACAAGGAGGAGGCUACCCACAACAAGGAGGAGGCUAUCCACCACCACAACAAGGCUACCAACCAAACGGAGGCUUUUCGCAGGUGCUUGUCUUGCCGCUUUGUGCAUUUGCUGCGUUUGUGAAGAAGGCUGUGAAUGUUGUGCGGAUUGUGCUGAAUGCUGCGAAAUGUGCUGAUGGAGGGGCUCCGCACAGAAACUCACCCGUCUACGGAUAUUUUCCGUUAUUCUCUUCCUACGUGAACAUAAUUGUCUUGAGCAUUGCCUCUUCAUCUCGCUCCGAAGAUGUGAACUCGCCAGUGGUGGAUCACUAUAUGAGGCAAGCAACUCGAAAGAGACGACGGGAUUCGGAGAACGCAUUAAUCUCAGUCCCAAGUCAAAAGCCAAGAACUCUGAAGCGUGCUUCUUCUAGGAAUAAAUCUGUGCAAUCGAUGUUCAAUGCACAACAUGGAGUCUUCGAAUUGGGAAAUGAUGGAAGGAUGAUCAUGCAUCAAAACACUAAUGAGCCUUCGUUUUUGCAGCCUCAAUGGGAUUUUCCAGCGCCUCAAUCUCAAUGGUUCCAAGAAAUCAUGGUCAAUACUCAAUUUGGCAGCUGCAACGUGCGGUCACCAUUUCCGAUUGCGAUCAAUACCAGGCGGCUCGCCACUGAUUUCAGGAGAGCCACUAGAGAAUACCGUGUAGUUCCAGAUAAUUUCUCAAAAAUCUGCUAUGGACCCUCAACAUACGUCCUGUUGUGCAAGCAAGACGUGGCUGAAGAUCUUCGAAAGUGGCAGAAAACUCCCGGAUGGAUAUGCGGACCAGGACCGUACAGAUGUCUCUGGCCCGGCUGUCUUGCCAAAGGUUGUUUUGCGAGCAAAGACUUAGCGAUUAUACAUGUGAAGGUGGAACAUAUCCAACAUUGUCUUUUGGUGACUGAACAACAUUUCCAGCAGCAGAUUAGAAAGACGGCAAUUGCAGGAUUCCGGUGGAAGACAGAGCCAAUUUGCGACAGUUUCUGCUCUCUACUUUCGUCAUAUUUUAGUUGGGGCACCUUGGACAAAUUGAGGCAAGCUGGUAUGUAUGCUGGUGGCGGACUGGGGGCAUAUCCUUUAAAGCUCUAUUUCAUUGAGCAGGGGGGGAGAGGCUUUAAUGACUAUCAGAAACAAUCCUCUGAUUCAGUAGGAACUUAUCAAGCUCGAACCACUUUGUGGGAAGAUCCCAAAAGAACUCCCACAACUGCUAAUAAUGGAUUUUCUUUCGGUUCAAAUGCUACGCUCUUUUCAAGCGUCAAAUAUCCCGCACAUGAUCACCCUAUUACCGAGAACUCGGGUCUAGAAUCCAAGAUUGCGCCAGUACAAAUUGAGCACAUGAAAAGAGGUCAUUCCACAAAGGCAGUCUCCGAUCGUUCAACUAAGACGACCGAAAGCAACGUUGUAGAAGAUUAUCGGAUGCGUUCAACAAAAGCCAUUAUGAAAGAAGUGUCGAGCACUGAAAAUCCAAGUAGUACUGUAGAAUCGAUUAAAUCAAAUCAUAUGGAAGUGAACGCUUGCAGCCAAGCUCCAACGCCUGGUCUCGAAGGUGCAGACCGUGGAGCAGAGGGUCUACCUGAGGGAGAAAACGUAGCUUUUAAGCAUUGCCAAAGCCUCUUGUCAAAGCUUGGUCCUUACUUAAACCCAGCAUCCGUAUUCACGCCCUCACUGGUUCAAGAUGGAUCCUCAAAUUGCCUUGCUUCGGCGAGUGCUGCGACAUUUAGAAGGAGCUCAAGAUUCAAUCGACGCAUGCGUGACAGUCCCUGCAACCUACGACAACGUGAUAAGGUCAUCACCUCUCGGCCAGACAGCCCCCGCGAAAUACGAAAGCGUGAUAGGAUUAUUUGCUCUCAGCCAGCCGUUCCUCUUCAAGUAACGCAUACUGAUAUCUGCAACCCAGAUACAUGGUCAACGUUCACAUGCAUACGCUGUGGAGCCCGGUAUCAUGCUGAACUCUAUCUUUCGAGACAUCAGAAGUUAUGUUCCGCCGUAGCUACCUUGAGAACCCCUGCAGUACCAUGUCUGAAUACGGCAAAAACGUCUGAUGAGGCGAAGACUAGCAACAAGCAGAGUGCUACUUUUCUAGGUAGCGCUCCAGAAGACGCAACACAAUCCAGAUUUUCUCCCAAGAGCAGCACAGAAGUCCCUAGAACACAGCCCCAAGGUUGUUCUGCAACUCAAAGCAGACAUGAAAUCAAACUCGCAGCACCUUUGCUAUGUGAAACAGAGACUGUUGAGAGUUCUCCAAUUGAUCCCCUACAACUCUUCUCACCCCCUCGGCAAGAUUCACAACCGAAUCCAGUCCAGCAUUACGGGUUGAAUGUCGAAAGUCCGCAAUCAACGAUCCAUCGAGUCAAAUCCUCAAUCAAAUGUCCAUCAUGCACUGACAUCUUCGAAAUUUGUCACAUUGAAUUGUACAGAAAUCACAGGUACUGGGAACACGGUGAGAGCAUGUUCUAUCCCGAGUUGGAACAGAGUAUUCAUGUUGAUGUUCAUAAUGAAUGGAAAGCAAUUCAUCCGGAAGCUGCGGGUGUAACACCGGAAGAGGAGAGUGAGUUUGAGGACCUUUUUGAUUUUCUGGGGCUGGAGGUCGAAGAUCAAGUGCUGUCUGAGAAUGGCCAAUUUCCUAUAUCGGAUACCUCGGAGCUGGACCCUGUGGCAAUUGACCUCGACGUCUGA